GGUAAUUCGAAAUUCUCAUCGUGCGACUCUAAGCUAUAUUUAAUGCUCAAACGACAUUAUGCGAUGAAAUUUCUAGCACCUUGAUUUUAUCCACUGGUAUUCAUUAUGAUCAGUACUUCGAAACAUUUCGAGCACUCGAAUGGCUCAGUUAUUUCAUUUGUUCUCGUCAUUUUGAUUUCAUAAUUUGUAAUAAUUCAAUUAUACAUCUGAUCUGAUAUAGAAGGGUAGUCGUAAACUAAUUCCUACAUCGCAAAAAAUGAAGUCUAGUGGUACAGUUAACUAUACAGACAAAGUAAAAAAAGAGCCUACUGAUAGGUGUUACAACGAAAACGAUGAGGGUGAAACGAAAGUCCAGACAUUCGAUACUAAAAAUUUGCAACACAUAUAUCUGCAAGAGAAUACCAUUCACACACUUGAAGAAUUAAAAGGAAUUAAUGAAUAUCAACCUAAUCAAGAUAUUAAAAUAGAAUUUGAGUGCAAGGAUGUGAAGCCUAAUGCAAGUUUAUUAGCGCCCGAUAAGGUGAACGAAAGAAUUAAUGAAGUUCAAUCUAACCACGAAAUUGUGAUAGAGCUUGAAUGCAGAGAUCAGAAACCAAAUGUGAAUACAUUAAAUCGAGAUCCUGAUAAAUUGAGCGAUUGGUCGCCUAAUCAAUAUCGAGAAAUAAAAAUUGGCAAUUAUUUUGCAACUCAUUCCUCGACUAAAAUAAAAACUGAGAUAAUUGUGAAAAAAGAGUUCCUCGGCGAUACUAUAAAAGCUACCGAUGUGAAUGCUGAUUGCAUGCUCAACGAACAGAACAAUAUGCAAAUUAAUACUUCAGUAAAUAACAGUAAACCAUCCAUUAAAUGUGACUUAUGUUUGAAACAAUUUUCAGCUAAGAGAACUCUGAAACGCCACAUUGAUUCAGCGCACAAUCGUAUUAAACAUCCAUGUCACACCUGUGAAAAGAUAUUUUCACAAAAGCAUUACCUCAAAGACCAUAUUGAUGCAAUUCAUAAUGGUUUUCCACAUACGUGUGAUAUAUGCGGAAAAUCUUUUUCACAAAAGUCUAAUCUAAAUACCCAUAUUGAUUCUAUGCAUGGUAAACGGAAAUUUUUCAACUGUAAUAUAUGCGGAAAGUCAUUUACACGAAAUGAUAAUCUGAAAGUUCAUCUUGAUUCAGUUCAUAAUCGUAUCACUUACCCCUGUCCCACUUGUGGCAAGACAUUUACCCAAAAGAGAAGUGUCAACAGACACAAUUAUUCGGUGCAUGGUCGUAUAAAGAACUAAUUUAAUAAACAACAUCUAUUCGGCACACAGAAGAAUAAUAUCGUAUUAUGAUUUAAAGAAAACAUUCUAACAUAAAAAAUACCAUAAUUCAGCAACUCCAAAAAUAAAUGUCAAGUAUACGAGAAAAUAUCGAAAUAAACGGUUUGAUUGCAUAAAUUACU